UAAUUGAAGAUGGCUGGAAGAAAGAAAGGAAAUGGGAAGGAGCCAAAAAACAUUACAACGGACCAGCGAAGGGCGAUGGUCCAAUUUAUCUUAGAACAUCCUGGGUGCAACACGGGCAACUUCCACUGCGCCCACAAUGAGAAAGCGAAGGUGGAAACUUGGGAGAAAUUAACCAGCAUCCUCAACGCCAUGCCAGGGGCUACUAAAACAUGGCAGCUGUGGAUGAAGUGUUACACCGAUUGGAAGAGCGAAUGUAAAUCAAAAAACCAACACAACAUCAUGGCCAAAGCUGCCACUGGUAAUAAAAUACCCAUGAAAAAUAUUUCGGAUUUAGAGCAAAUAUGCAUAAAUCAACUACUUUCAAAAACUGCUGCUGAGGGAAAUGCGACGCAGGACCCUGAUGAUGAUAUAGUUUCACAAGAACAAUCCGCCAUAGAGAUUGAAGGUGAUGAGGAAGUUGCAGCGGACACGACCCUGAGUUUAAUUGAUAGUGGGGGGAUGGUGUCGAUCGAGCUCGAGGAUGGUGCUCUACAACCUUCAACCCUCCUUCAACUUGUCACUGCCUCGAAGUCAACAUCAACACCUGUGUCAACUGCGAAAAAACCAAACAAGAGGUUGGAUUCUGAUCUGCGCAAGCAGACUAGGAAGAGGUUUAGGAAGGAGAUGGAGUUGGACGAGGACAGGGUUGUCGAGAAUGAGCAUUUGGUUGCUCAUCUUGCUGUUAACAACAAAUCAGCUGAUGCUCUUGCAUCUUUGGCCAAUUCGCUAGAGAGGCUCGUGGAAUUACAGGGUGCUCUCUUAGAACAGCAGAAGGCUCAGACAGCUGUUCUAACAGAAGUAUUGAAACGUUUAUCGUAGCUUUUAAAUAACUUAGGUAUUUUAUAUUUUAUUACUAUUAUUUAGUUAGUGUUAACCAAAGUCUGAUGCUAGUAUAAGUAAUUAUUACUUAAAUUAUGCAGUUCCUUUUUUGAAACAAUUUAUUCUAGUUUUAAAAGACUGUUACAGAAUUUUUUUUAAAUCCUGUUGUUAGUUUUGUAAGAGCACAUGAUGGAGCAGCUUAAGUGUAUGUAUUGAAGUACUUAGUAUUAAGUAUUUCUAAUCAAAGAAUAGACUUAGUUCUGUGUACCUGAUGCCUAUUGAGAUGUGUGCCAUAGUAUUGGACUUGUGGCUGUGGACCAAAUUAGUAUGUAUUUUUAUUUUUUUUAUUUUUUUCUCAUACAUGCUCCAAGAGCAUGAGCUUCAUAUACGGGAGUGUUACAUUACAGCAUGGUGAUCUUGGCGUUUUUAUCAAACUUAUGUUUUGUUUGAAAUUGGUGUUACACUGUUUGUAGCCUCUAAUGAUGGAGUGGCAUAUUGUGGCCUGAGGAAGUUUUUUUUAUUAAAACAAAGUAUUAUAAA